GUCAGUGUCUGUGAAUGGUUGUUGGCAAGUGGAUUGUGACUAUUUUUGAAAAAUCUCUGACUACGAGAGGUCUCUGGAAAAAUGACACCAAGUGGGCCGAUGCUGCGUUUCACGAAAAACAAUAACAUGUUGACCUUAAGUCAACGUCUGUUUUACGAGAAAAAUGGAUACCUGCUGCUUCCGCGUUUGCUGCCGCAAGAGCUUCUCGACAAGUGUCAUCAGAGGUUCGACGACAUCGUGGCUGGCAAGGCUCCACGCGAAGGAAUAACAGUGAUGUACGACGUGAAGGACAGAAAGUCGGUCAACAAAUUGCAGGAUAUAAACCGUGACGAAGUUUUCCGUGAAUACAUCGAGCAUAAAAGUAUCCUCGAUAUCGUCGAGGGUUUCACCGGGCCGAACAUCAUGGCUGUGAACAGUAUGCUUAUCGCGAAACCACCCGACAUUGGAUUCGGUACUUCCAAACAUCCUCCUCAUCAGGAUUUAUAUUACUUCCCCUUCCGGCCAGCCAACUUGAUAGUGGCAGCAUGGACAGCCAUGGAAUCGUGUACUCGUGAUAAUGGAUGUCUUUAUGUGUCUCCUGGCACACAUGCACUAAAUCGUUUACAUAAACACGACUAUCCCCCGGGAUCUGAGCCAGGUUCCGUCAACAAAUUCUAUCACGGCAUCCUGGAUUUGCCUGAGAAGAUAGACUGGAUAUAUCUCGAGAUGGAACCAGGUGAUACAGUGUUCUUUCAUCCCUUGUUAAUUCAUGGAUCAGGCGUAAACAAAACAAGAAGAACAAGACGAUCGAUUUCUUGCCAUUAUUCGGCGACAGAAUGUCAAUACGUGGAUGUAAGCAAAUCUGUUCAAAAUCGCAUCGAGGACGAAAUCCUGGAGUACGUGCGUAAACGAUAUCCUGGUAUCGAUAUAAGCUAUCAGGACGUAUGGCGUAUUAAAAGUAGCCUAGUACGCGGACUUCAAUCGUCUCUAUGAAAAAACGCUGUGGGAUCAGAUUUUACUGACUAGUUCACCAAGUCCACCCUGGAAUUAUGUCGCAAGUUUUAUUUUACCCUCAUUACCACUAGUCUGUUCUAU